AUGCCCACGGCCCCGGACAAGCCGGCCUCCAGCAAUCCCCCCGAGCCAUCCAACAUGCGGUGGCAAUUCAUCGACGCUUCGAACAACAGCCGGAGUAACCUGACCCAGGUCAAACGUCAUGUUAUGCAAGAAUAUAUGCGACAGAAGAAAGGCGACUCGCGCAGCAGCGAAAGUGAAGAUGAUACCAGCCAGCACCCACAAACCAAACUCGGGCGUCCCAAAAGGACUCGGGCGUCCACCCGCAAACUCGAGAGAAAAGAUGACGGCAACGAACAGAAUUUCCGCAGGUCGACAAGGCAGCGCCGCGCAGCAGCCCGAUCCAAAGAAGGCCCACCACUCGAUGUUGAAGAAACCGAUGGCGUUUUGUUUCCCGAGAGUUCAGCCUCACAUCCUUUGCCGAGAGAACAUUUUGUGAAUGCGCCGUCUCUACCUCUCCGCACAUCUCCUAUUCAAUCCCCUGGGUUUCUUUUUCCAUCGCAGGGUGUGGUCGAUGUAUCCCCACAAAGUGUCCAAAGUCGUACCACCGAUUUCAGCAGCCUCGCGUCGUGGUCGUCGGGGCCCACGACACCCCUCGAGUUCAUACAGUCACCCCGGUCCAUGAUGAGUGCAGCGCGCACCGACCCAUUCAACUCUCUCCCUCUUGAUUUGGAUUUAGAAGGACAGAAACUCUUCGAUUUCUAUGUCAAUGAUAUGCCGGCUUGCUCCUACGGCUCGCAUUUCCGGUCAACGAAGGCGCAUAAUUGGUACACCGCAGUUUUUGUCCCAGAGGCGAUGAAAGGCCCAGUCGCGUUCCAGAACACUAUUCUCGUCCAUGCAGCCAACACCUGGGCCUGGGUCCGCAGUGAGACCGAAACCCGAAACACUCUCCUCCACCGAGACCGAGCGCUCACCAUGUUACGCGAGCACCUCACCAACAACCCCCGAGAUAUCUCCGAUGUCGCCAUUAUCUCGUGUCUAAGUGCAGCGGCCCUCGAGGAUUUCGAUCCGCGGCCAGGACACAAGGAGAUUAGCUGGGUCCAUAUGCGAGCCGCGCGCCAGAUGAUCCGAGCCCGCGGCGGCCCGGCGACCUUUGCAAACACGCGCCUCGGGAUGCUGAUCAAUUGGCAAGACUAUAUCUUGUCGGGGUAUGAGACUCACGGGCCCAGCUUCUUCUUUGAACGUGAACCACCUCUAUCCCAGUCUUUGCACAAUGUCCAGUCGAUGCCUUCUCCACCAGAUUCUACUUCCUCCGUUCUCUCCGACUUCCCUCCAUGUCCAGAGCCCAAGGCAUCUUCUCUGAUACCCAGUUACGCGGUCUCGUCACCAAUUGACGAGCUUCGGCUACAGUGCGAGGAGUUCCUCGACUUCCUGCGACGCUGUGAGCAGCUGGCCCUCUACCACAAAGACAGUACCGAAUUCUCGCCCCCAGAGCGUCGCACGGCCGUUCAAGAAACAUCACUUCUCUUCCAGAUCCUAGCCGCACCCCCAGGAGCACGAUUCACAGCCUCCGGCGACCGCAAGCAAAUGGUUGCCCGCCUCACCGCCUUGGGUAUGCUGAACGCCGCCCUCUGGGACUACCGAUACACCCCGGACCGCGCCGCAGCAUUCCUGAAGACACUGAACCAAGCCAUUGUCGACAGCGAGGUCAGCAUGAGCGGCUCUGUCGAAGCGGUCCUCCAAAUCCUGCUCGCAUGCAACGAUGGCGAUCCAAACGACUGGCCCGCCGAUGCGAGUAAUCCAAUUGCCACGACACUACCAGAAAAUAUCCCAGAUUACUCGCAGUACUCCCCCACGGCAACGUCCCCCGCCGCGCGCCCGUGGUUUGCCGGCCGCAUGCUGAAAAUUGCCAAGCGGCUGCGGGCGGAGUCCUGGCAUCGCGUGAACGACUUCUUGUUCUCGUGUUUGACCUUGCACCUCCAGGACUCGUCGGUUUUUCUCUGGGAGAUUUGGGAGGCUGAGCUCCGUCAAGAAAUCCUCGAGGCACCAUUGACGAGCUAUGUCAUGCCUUCUUUGAUCGAGUGA